UAUCAGCAAUAAUGGAAAGAAGAUUAAUGGAUGACGGAGGGAUCUGAAGGCGCGGCCGAGCUUGAGAGGGAUGGAGCUAGGGGACCAUAGAGAAGCCAACUUCUUGUUUGAUUUUGGAUGGCUACUUUGUAUAUAAUAUCAUUAUAUUACACAUGAAAGUAGAGGAGAGAAAUCGUCCCAACUCCGAGAGCUGUGGCUCUUUUCAACUUGCUACAGGUCUUCCCCCUUUCCAAUUUGAUCUCUUUUCUCGCAAAUUGUUCUCAAAUUCAAGUUUUGGUUCGCGGGUUCUAAGCUUCCGUCCGGGUCAUGCAAUUUUAUCUUUAAAAGGCUGUCUUUUUGGGGAUUUGGGGUUUGAAUUUGGGUUAAUUGGUUGGCUGGGAUUCUUUUUGAAGAAUUUUGAAUGCUCUGAUAGUUAGGUUCUCCUCUUCUCCAGCAUGGCACUCGCCAUUCUAAUACUUGUUGAUGGAUUAGUUGAACCUUCCUGUUCCGAAUCUGAGAUUUGUUGAAUUCUUUGGAAGUUCUUCAUGUCUCAGUGGACGGCAUUCGGGUUGCAUUUCUGAGAUUUUUAGAUGAUCUUUUGAGAAGCAAUAGCUAGCUAGCAAGCAAGAAAGAAUUGUAGAACUUGUUCUUUCUCUGUUUAUCUUGAUUUGGAAGAGGAAAAAUGGCGAUGGCAUCAGCCGUGAAGGUAGUUCUAGGUUGUAUUGCAUUUGGAUUUUUCUGGAUGCUAGCUGUUUUCCCUGCCGUGCCUUUCCUACCUAUUGGAAGGACUGCUGGUGCUCUCUUUGGUGCCAUGCUUAUGGUUAUCUUCCGUGUUAUAUCGCCUGAUGAAGCUUAUGAAGCCAUUGAUCUUCCAAUACUUGGUCUUCUCUUUGGAACCAUGGUGGUCAGUGUCUACCUUGAAAGAGCAGACAUGUUCAUGUAUCUUGGUAAAUUGCUCUCAUGGAAGAGCAGAGGAGGUAAGGAUUUGCUCUUUCGUGUUUGUCUUGUCUCUGCAUUUGCGAGUGCUUUGUUCACUAAUGACACUUGCUGUGUUGUUCUCACUGAAUUCAUCUUAAAAAUUGCAAGACAAAACAAUCUACCACCCCAACCUUUUCUUUUAGCCCUUGCUUCUAGUUCAAACAUUGGGUCUGCUGCAACUCCCAUUGGCAACCCACAAAACCUGGUCAUUGCUGUUCAAAGUAAGAUUUCAUUUGAGAAAUUCUUGCUUGGAAUCUUUCCUGCUAUGUUGUUGGGCGUGCUUGUCAAUGCAACGAUACUCCUAUGCUACUUUUGGAAGCUAUUAUCUGUUGAAAGGGAUCAAGAAGCAGUAGAAGAAGCUGGAGAUUUGUUUGCUGAGGAUGAUGUGAUUUCUCACCGCUUUUCCCCUGCAACAAUGUCACAUCUUAGUUAUGCAACCUCGCAGGAAUUCAGUUCAGCACUUGAUGCAAUUGAACAGAACCCAGCACUGAAUGUGGAUUCUGAUUCAGCCGAUUCUACAAGAGGCAGAAUAGUUGUUGAUGGUGAGAUUAUCGUGCAACGGGCUUUGAGUGGUGGAAUAGAACCUGCAAGGAAUUCAAGUUCAUCAAGGGAUGCAUUUGAGAGUACUAAUAUAUCACAGAGAAGGGAGGAGAGAUCCUCUACAAGAAGAUAUGCUAGAACUAUCAGCACCAAUAGGGUUGAUUCUUCAAGAGAAACAUCUUCAUCUUAUUCAUUAGAAGAGAAGGAUACUCCUGCGGAGAAAUGGAAAAAAUCAUUGUGGAAGAUGAGCGUCUAUGUCGUGACAAUCGGAAUGCUUAUUUCUCUUUUAGUUGGGCUUAACAUGUCCUGGACUGCAAUCACUGCUGCUCUUGCUCUUGUGGCUCUUGAUUUCAAGGAUGCUCGUCCUUGCUUAGAAAAGGUUUCUUACUCCUUGUUGAUAUUCUUCUGUGGUAUGUUCAUAGCUGUUGAUGGUUUCAAUAAGACAGGAAUACCAAGUACCCUUUGGGAUGCAGUUGAACCAUAUUCUCGAAUUGAUAGUUUUGGUGGGGUUGCAUUGCUUAGCCUGGUUAUUCUUCUUCUGUCUAAUGUUGCUUCCAAUGUACCCACUGUUCUCCUACUCGGAGCAAGGGUGGCAGCAUCAGCAGCAUCUAUCUCUGCAUCCGAGGAGGACCGGUCAUGGCUCAUACUUGCAUGGGUCAGCACGGUGGCCGGAAAUCUCUCUCUGCUUGGUUCUGCUGCAAAUCUGAUAGUCUGCGAACAGGCUCAAAGGGCUCAAUUUUUUGGUUACAACCUCUCCUUCUGGAGCCAUCUCCGAUUUGGCAUUCCUUCUACCAUUAUUGUCACUAUUAUUGGUUUGCCUCUUAUCAGAAGCUACUGAACACUUUUUUUUUUUUGAUCUGGUAAGUUUCUGGUAAAGUUUUAGAUGUUAGAUUCAGAUAAGCCAAUUGAUCCACCAUCACUGUUUCUUUAUGCAAUAAGUUGUGUAAUUUAGGAAUUGUUUCAACUAUAUAGAUAUUGAAACAUCUGUUUUCAAAGAUCAAGCUUAAAUGAAUCUUUUUCUUUCAAGUC